UUCAAGUCAAGCGUUUUGUAACUGGGAAGAAGCAAAAGUUCCCAAAAAUGGGAUUUUCAGGCAUUGUGACGUUUGCAAACUAUCUAAUUUCAAACCCAUGGAUUUUUCUUCUGCUGUUUUUACUAUACUGUUUCAUAUAUGCAUUGUCUAUUUUGGUUUCGGGACCUAAACCAGGAAGAAACCCAUUUUCAGUGGCUCAUGUUAGACCUCCAAAACCAUUGGUUACAGACCAUACUCUGCGAAACAAAGUCCUUAAACAAAGAUUCAAGGUUCAGAGAGUUCCAGAUAACAUUGACACAAUUAUCAUUGGUAGUGGUAUAGGUGGUCUAUCAACCGCAGUGCUCCUUGGUAGGGCGGGCUAUAAGGUUCUUGUGCUCGAGCAGCAUGACCAGGCCGGAGGAUGCUGCCACACCUUUGUGGACAAAGGUUACGAGUUUGAUACAGGGAUUCACUAUGUGGGUAAGAUGAUGGAUGGGGACAUGUUACGAGUUCUGACGGACCAGAUAACAGAGGGACAGGUAGUCUGGGAACCUAUGGACCUAGAGUUUGACUCUGUUGCCCUUGGAGACCCAGGAAAGGCCAAGUGGUUUACAUUGACUUCUGGAUCAAGGCAAAAGUUCGCUGAGCAUCUUGAGAAGCAAUUCCCAUCGGAAAAAGUUGCGAUAGAUAAAUUCAUGAAAUUGUUAAAUGAUUGUAGAGGUGCGUUUUUGGGUAUCAUGUUCCCGAAGAUGAUGCCCCUGUGGCUAGCUCGAUUCGCAAUUAAGACAGGAAUAUAUCAGUUUGUGAUGCGCAAGUUCAUGAAAUUAUCUAAACUCACCAUAGGAGAAGCUUUAGAUGAUAUGACAGAUAAUGCAGAGUUUAAAGCUGUUGUUUCAUAUAUAAUCGGGGAUAUUGGUGUUUUACCAAGUGAGUUGAGUGUGGUAAACUAUACAGCAUUGAUAAACCAUUACAUGCCUGGAGCGUUUUACCCUCUGGGCGGAACUAGUGAGAUAGCCAUGCAGAUUGUUCCUGUUAUAGAGAAGUAUGGAGGAAGGGUUUUUGUUGAUGCACCUGUUUCACAGAUAUUACUGAAUGAUAAAGGAAGAGCUCAUGGAGUCCGUGUAACACGAAAUAAGAAUGACAUAGACCUGUUUGCAAAGAGGAUUAUUUCCGAUGCAGGUGUCAUAAAUACGUUCAAAUAUUUGUUACCUCAGGAGGUGGCUGUUAAAGCACCAUUGUAUAAAUAUAUCAGUGAAGUCGGAUCCAGUCUGUCGUGCCUUACUGCUUUUGCUGGGUUUGAGGGAACAAGUUCAGACCUAGGCCUUAACAAAGGGAACACAUGGGCAUUUAUGCAUGAAGAUAUUGAGAAGGAUUUGAAGGACUAUGUUUCCAUGACUCUGGAGGAAGCAGCUGAGAGUGACUGUCCACUCAUGUUUAUAUCAUUCCCUUCCGCUAAAGAUUCUGCAUGGGAGGACAGAUUUCCAGGAAAAUCAGUAGCAUUGUUGAUCACCUUGUUGCCAUGGUCGUGGUUCAAUAAAUGGGAAGGAGGUCGAGUGAAACACCGAGGUGAUGAUUAUAACUACCUCAAAGAGAGAAUUGCUCAGCAGAUGUGGAGGCAGUGUGAACAGCUCUUCCCAAAACUGGAAGGAAAGCUUGAAUACCUUGAUGUAGGAACGCCUUUGUCCAACAAGUACUACCUCGGACAGCCAGAAGGUGAAAUGUAUGGUAUGGGUCAUGGUAUUCGGAGGUUUGAUCCAGAAAUUUCCAUGCUGUUGAGAGCAGAAUCGGGAAUUCCUGGCCUCUGGCUUACUGGCCAAGACAUCGUAACUUGUGGGUUCAGUGGUGCUUUACAUGGAGGUGUGCUCACAGCUUCUUCUAUACUGCAUAGAAACCUGAUCAAUGACCUCACUGCUGUUACUAAGGAAACAAGAAAACUUAUCAAGCUGACUAAGGAAGAUGUAAAGAAGACAAAUUAAAAAUGUACGACUUAUUUCUUUUACUUAAGGCCCCAAGAUUAUGCAAACUAAUUUGAAGACCAGUCUCAUAUUGCAAUCUUGACUUUGGUUCAUAUCAAGAAACUGUCAAACUUCCAGCAAUUACUUGCCUAAAGCUUUCGUAUUUUCAAGUCUGUUUUCUUGCAUAUUUCAAAGUUAUUAAUUUUUAUGGGGGAUUAAUUUGAUUGGCAGAACCAUGAAAAAUUAAUCGCAACAAUUUAAAGUUCCUGUUCGUUGUAUUUCAAGAAUUCAUAGCCCCACGAAAUACUGGUACUGAUGAUAAACCCGGACAGGUGAUAAAGUCGAACACCUUGGAAAUAUUCGAUUGCAAUCGGUUAUUUAUAAAAUUGAACACACCAUCUAAUAGUUUCCACUUACAACACCAACUGGUGUAAACAAAAACAAAAUUGGUAAAUAUUCUGUAUAAAUAAAUGACUUACAUAAAUUUGUAUAAAAAAUAUUUAUCCAAAAUUACUGGGGAAGAGGGUGUUUUUUUGCGCAUGCUCACUGUCGAAACAUGAAGGCCUGACAUUUGUUAACUUUUCAUUAAUUGAUCAGGAAUGACUGUUGCAGCUUUUUGGGGAAAGUUUCAAUAUAAUAAUACCAAGAAAAUUUUGUAAAUGACAAAGGGUUCGAAUUUAUCAUCAGUCAACGUUCAUAAAGUCCCCUUUUUACAUACCCCUUUCAGGCCCUCACUUCGUAUGAGUUUGCUUUGCUAAAUAUAAAUAUGAAUUAUGUAAAGUUUUCAACAAAGGUUAAGCUUUAUUUUGAUACCAACCAUUGAUUUCAAUUUGCAGAAAUAAAAAAGUUACAGGUAAAAAACCUCAUUUUCUGUUCGGGUUUAUCAUCAGUACCAGUACAGGUUUUCCAGCAGUAAAUUACUGUAACAUCAUAACAUUGCGUGGGUACGAAAUUUUGUGAUUUUGACCAUUAUGGCUGUUUCUUAAGGAUAUGCAUUAGUAGAUUUCAACUUUCACAGAUGAAUAAAUGGGCAUUUUGUUUGUUGGAAUUUAAUUUCGGGGAUUGAUGUGGCGAUGAAAUCCACUAAAAUUAGUCCUGCACAAGUUUUAGUGAUUUCACGGUAUAUACUAGUCUUCAGGCUCAAGUUUUACUGUCAAUGGGAAACUUCUGCGGGAUUUUUAUUUUGCUGUUUGAUUGUGUUGGACUUAUUCGCUGUAUCAAGAAUUUGUGACAACUCAACAUAAUGCAAGUGGUAAUAAAUACAUUGCAGCUAUGAAAAUUUAAUUUAUGCAAAAUAUUUUGAAUUUGAGAAGGACCAAGAUCUUGAAAACUUAAGAAAACUGAAUUCACACAAAUAUUUCCCAUUUACAGUAUGAGAAAUAUAUGCAUGUUAUUUAUUUGUGUUAUGAUAAUAUAUAUUUAUGACAGGGUGUGAUUUUGCUAUAAAAUUGUAUAACAUAUAUAAUAUAUGUGCUUUUCAUAUUGUAGUCAUUUACAUUUCAUAUAAUUGUAUUCUCACAUGACAUGAAUUGUUCCCUGUUAAACAACUGUGACGUUACUAUGCAACAAAAACACUGUAUGUCACAAUUGUUAAAUUACAAAAGCUUUCUUAAUCUUUUAAUGUUUAAAAUUGCAUUGAUUCAGAGUUUUAAAAAGCAGAUACCACAAAUAAUUCUUCAAAGCAUUUACAUUUUUAUGUCAGAGAAUUUUGAUACUCUUAACAAAAUACAAUAAUAAUUCUGUUACAAUUUGAAGUGAUUUUUAAGCAGAAGUCCUAAGUUAGGUUUUCUUCUUUGAGGUGAAUUAAAAUACGUUUUGCUGAGGUGCUUGAACUCUGCAAACUGUCUUGAGUUUGUAUUGUCAGCCAAUUCCUUAAUUUUCCUACAUUGUUGUGAUAUUACCUUCAUUCUGUUUUUUUGUUUGUGUGUUUUUUAAUUGUCUAAGGGCACCUACUUAAGAAAAGGCCAAUAUUAAUUAUUGGGUUUGUUAGUGACCCUCCACGAAAAUAUGUGGGGUCAGUAUGAUAAAUGGGGAGCGAGGCCUUAGCCGAGUCCCAAUAUCUAUCAUGCUGACCCCACAUAUUUCCGUGGAGGGUCACUAACAAACCUAAUAAUUGAUUUGUUUUAUUGACUAUUUAUUUUUCGCCUAAAACAUGAAAAUUUACUGACCCUCCACAGAAAUGUAGAGGGUCACCAUGCAAUCACCUUUUCACCAAUGAAAAUGCUAGAAUCUUCUGGGACGUAAAACAAAUAUUGUUUUUCCAUGCGCACUUCAACAUGGAGAUGUGUUGAUUAUGUAUUAAUGCUGCUUUUUUCGCUUAUUAUAUAUAGUUACAUAAAUUGGUAUAUUUUCUUAAACAUCAUAUUAAUUAUAAUAUACACAUAUAAUUUAUAAAACCACUUGUAAAUAAAUUAAUUUGGUAAGCCCAAAAAGGCUGAAAAUUGCAUUAAAACUCUUCUUAAAUGUUUUGGAUAAUUCUUACAUUUUUCAUAAAAAAAAUAGCUUAUAUUUCUUCAGUAGGUGUAGUCUGGUAUUAACAAAUCAACUUUUUCAUUUCAGUUUUGUUGCUUUUUUUCUCUUCACUUUGUGUUGCAAUUGUAAACAAACUACAAUGUAUACAUCCAAAUAGUGAUAAAUAGACAAAUCAGUAGACAACUGAUAGAUCUUGACUUACUGCAGACAAGUUUAUGUUAUUUCAUAUUAUUCCAUAUGAAAUGUCAGCACAACUAUGAACUGUCACUUUAAGGCCAUCUAUUUCAUACUUUUAAUAUGUGAAAUGCUAUUGCAAAUUAUGCACAAGGUAAACAGUGCCUGUUCAAAGAUGUUACAGAGAUGUUCUGUUUUUUUUUUGUUUUUUUACAAAGAUGCUCAGUAUCAUUUUUUUUUUUACGUACCUUUACAUUUAUAGUGUCUAAGCCUUGUUUUGAUUUGUAAGAAAAUAUUAAUAUAUUAUAUAAUUAAAAGAUUUAGAAAACUGAAAAAUUAGUAGUUUGUUUUAUAUGAUAAAUACCAGCUACAGCGUAACUUCAUAAUAAUUGUCUCGCACACCACUGUGGUGGGAGACAUAUUGAUUUACUCCUGUCUGUGUGUCCGUCUGUCACAAAUCUUG